AUGUCAAAAGCUACGAUUACUAUUUUAUGUCCAAGUGGACAUCGACGAAAAGUACAAAUGACACCAAAUAGUAAUUUACUUCAAGCACUUGAAGAUAUGUGUAAUCAAGAAAAAUUAGAUUCAUCUGAAUGGGGUCUUAUACAUCAACGUAAAAAAUGUGAUUUAACAGUACCAUGGCGUUUAGCAAGUAUACCUACAAAUGCUCUUUUAGAAAUGUAUAAAUUAGAAGAACGUCGACCAACAAGUGAUGUAACUGUACAAUUACAAAUACCUGAUAAUUCACGAUAUACGGGUAAUUUUAAUCCUUCAAUUACUCUUCAAGAAAUGCUUGAUUGGUAUCGUAAUCAAUCAGAAAGGUGGACUCUUAUGAAACUUAUGCAUGAUAGAGAAUUUUGUCUGCUCUAUCCAAUGAAGGUAUUUGGAGAAAAAAACAACAUGUUUCGAAAUUGA